AUGUCUUCACGGUACUUCAAGAAUCCGUAUCGUGAUGUAUUGUCUGAAACAGAGCCUCUGUUGUUAAAUCCUUCGUAUGCUCUUCAAAAAGCUGUUACAUGUAUACGUAUGUGCAUUGAGAACACUGGUCUAACACCGCGUACAUUCGAUGGUUGCCUUUAUACCGGUUAUAUUGGUGUUGCAUGGGCUGCACUGUAUAUUUCUCAACAUGAAGUUCCACUUGAAAUCAAAAAAUAUUUGUUGGAUAAGUCUACUCAUUUUGUGGAUAGUGCUUUGAUGCAUUCAAAUGAUGAUAUGUUUAGUAAGCAUUCAAGAAGUAAAGAAGACCUACUAUCAUUUCUUCUUGGUCAGACUGGAAUCUGGUUAACUGCCAUCACUAUGUAUCAGCAUUCAGGUGAUAUAGAGAAGCGUGAUUCAUUUAUAAGAAAAUAUGCUGAAUUAGCCGACCACUACAAACCACUAGUUAUAUUCCAGCAAGGUUCAGAUGAAAUAUUUAUUGGCAGAGCUGGUUAUCUACUUGGCAUUGCUACACUUCGACAAAUGACCAAACAGGUUAUUGUACCGAACGCAAAAAUUUAUGAUAUAUGCAACGCUAUAAUUAACUCUGGACAAGCCUACUCAUCGAGUCAUCGUAGUCAAUGUCCCUUGAUGUAUGCCUACUAUGAGACAGAAUAUCUUGGCGCUGGUCAUGGUCUUAUAGGAAUCCUGUUCAGUCUCAUGCUCUUCCCUGGCUACAUGAAAUCCAAACCUGAUGCUGAGAAACUUAUAUGUGAUUCUUUAUUUUAUCUUAUGCAAAUAACUCCAUCGGAGACAGGUAAUCUUCCUGCAGCUACUGAUGAACUUGGUCGAAACGCAAAAUCUUUAGAGCCAAAUGUGCUAGUCCAUUGGUGUCAUGGGGCUACAGGAGCCGUAUUUGCGUAUGCGCGAGCAUAUAUCCUGUGGAGAGAUGAACGAUUUUUGGCAGAAUGUCGACGAUGCGCAAAUGUUGUAUGGGAAAGAGGUUUAUUAAAAAAAGGUCCAGGCAUUUGUCAUGGAGUUGCUGGUGGUGGUUAUGUAUUUCUUUUGUUAUAUCGUCUAACCGGUGAGACUGUAUACUUACACCGUGCCACAGCAUUUGCACAUUUUAUGGAGUCGGAUGCUUUCAGAACUGCACGUUGUCCUGACUGUCCAUAUUCUUUAUUUGAAGGGUUAGCUGGUACUGCAUGCUUCUAUGCUGAUCUUCACAAUCCAUCAAAGUCUGCUUUUCCAUUUAUGGAUCCAUUUUGGGAUAUAGAAGGAUAUGUGUCUUUAAGUCAAGCUUCUACGUCAUCGUAA